AUGCCGGACCCGCUCGUCAAGUUGUCGUCCACCAGGCCAACUGUCCUGCGGCUGAUACUGUUGGCUACUUUAGUCUACGCGAUAUUGAUAGUAGUGUGGAUGAUAUCUAGUCAACAGUACUUCUUAUCUACGCCCGUACAAGUAGAGGCAGAAAGUCGUGCGGCAUUAGCCCAGAACCUCUCACUUAAAGUUUUGGAGACAGAGGCCCCUAUAGUGACCGUCAAGAACCCUCCAAUCAAUAUGUUCAAGACAGAGGCCUCGGCAGUAACCGUCAAGGACCUUUCACUCGUGGAUGGGGUCACAUUUCGAGCAAUCGAUGAUUUGCGUGCGGUUCGUUUCGCAGCUAAGGUGCAUGCGAUUUACAAUAGCGCUUUCGACCAAGUGCUGUUCCUGGAUGCGGAUAACGUUCCAGUGCGUGAACCGGCUUUUUUAUUCGAGUCUGAAGAGUUUGUGAGAACUGGAGCUGUGUUUUGGCCGGACUAUUGGCACCCGCAGAACAGUAUCUUUCACCUCGUCAAAGACUCAUUGUUGGGCCAAAUGCUGGAUAUGCAGUACGUUGACAUGUUCGUGCAGGAAAGUGGCCAGCUCUUGAUUGAUCGAAGACGCCACGCUGCUGCCAUGGUGCUCGUACACUUCUACGCUUCUCAUACCCCUGACCUAUUUGAGCGUCUCGAUCUGGUGUGGGGGGACAAAGACCUUUUUCGAUUCGCGUGGAUCAAGCUAAAUGCGUCGUUUUCUAUGGUUCAAACUUUAGCUGCAGUCGCUGGCAAGCUUGUGAAUGAGUCAUUUUGUGGUAUGACGAUGGCUCAACACGAUUUUGGUGGAAACGUGCUUUUCCUUCACCGCAAUGCCAACAAACUGACUGGGCGACGACAACGUUACAACGUGAAUCACGUGUUUGGUCCUCUAGAACCCGACAACCUACCGGAUCCAGUUAUUUGGACGCAUCUGUGGUCAUUUCGAAACUCGUCGCGUCGGAAUGAUUACAGGAUUGAGUCAUACAGAGCACCUCCAGAAUUUCCCGUGUGGCAACGGUGUUCGGGCAAGCGCCACCUUCAUGACAACGUGCUGUUUUCCACACAGAAAUUCGCAGACCUGAGCUUUUCUGGACUUGAGACGCAUCUCAGGCGUUUCGCCAUGGAAGGCGUCCAACAGCUGCGGAGAUUUCAGGCUGCAAUGAAGAACGGAACACACUGGGGUGUGUGA